AUGCCACGAUUAGAAAUAUUUUGUUCAUUAUCGAUUUCAGCAUUUACAUUUUAAAGAUUGAAUCAAAAAGAAAUGAAACUAAACGAUAAACUUUAAUUGAGAUAAAUAAAAUAAUAAAACUAAUUGGAAAGCUGUUGUUUAAUUAGAAAUCAAAUCGAUGUAAAUAUUCUUCAAGAUUAUAAAUAGUAGCACACGAAUUAACCCACGAAACCUAAUGGUGUAUUUAAUUGAAAAUAUAAAAACAGUCUUAGAGAUUUUAAAGAAAAUGUAUAACUAUGAAUAAACAGCUAGUUUUGGUAUUGAUAUUAAAAUUUAAAUAUCUAAUUAAUUCUAAACCUCUUAAUUGCUUUCGAUAGUAAUUAUCUCAAUCCUUCCUAAAGAUUGUUUUUCUUCUCAUAGUUUUCGGGUUUAAUUUUUUUUCUACUUUUUAAAUAAUUAAAUAAAAAUAAUUACUCUAAUUAAUAGGUGUAUUAUGGGAAAUUCCAAUUCAGUCUAGACACAAGCUUAACCCCAAUAGGAAUGUAAAGCAUGCAGUGCUUGUCCAGAUACUAGAUAAUUGAGAGAUGAAUGUAUUAUUAUGAAUGGAGAAGAAGAAUGUAGGAAGGAAAUAGAAAAUCAUAAAAUAUGUUUAAAAAAGUAUGGGUUUGAAUGA